AUGUCGAUCAAUGUCUGCGCAAACUGCGGAGAACUAUUUCAUGCAUGCGCUGCACUAGGCGGUGAUCCCACGCUCCCAUCCAAGUUGCUGGGAGACCUUGGCACGCCGAAGCGAUGGCUCCGACAUAUGCCAUGUGGCCUGGGGGCCUAUACCCUGCAGGGAAAACUUCUCGGGAAGCCUUUAGCGCGGGAAUUUAGUCGCCGAGCCUCCACUAUGAACAGCACAUAUGGAUCCCCGUGGAGCGAAGUUUGA